UAUGUUCCAUUUCAAUAAUUACAUUCAAUUACGUUUGUUAUUUGCUUCAUGCAUUUAUUGAUUGUAACACUGCUAUUAUUAGGUACAUACUUUGUAAGUAGGUGCGGAUUUGUUAAAUCUUAAAUCUGAAUCUGAGUGACGUGGGUUUGAGAUGAACAAAAUUAUUGUUUGGUGCGAACUGCAAAUUGUAAAACUUUUUCAUUUAGUACCCAUAGCAUAGCAUUAAGUGUGCGAAAAAAUUAUAAUAUGGUGUUCAGUUCAACUGUCGUGAAAGAUGAAAUCUGAUUUAUUAUACGAAGUCUUGUUAAUGAUUUAAUGAAUAACUUUUAAUACAAUAUUAGUGUUAGUCAAUCACAGUAGGUAUAUAACCACAAGAACUGAUAUACCGAACAUUUUUUGGUUAUAUGUUUAUUCCACCUUAAACACUCCAAAAGGGAUUAGACGUGGACAACAUUAAACAAAUGCCCAAAAUAUGGCAACAUCAUUGCAAACGCAAGACGGAGAUUUGAUUGAUCUUAACGUAGGAUCCCCAGUUUUGCAGGGAGUGUUUUCUGAAGGUGUAACGGAAUCUCCUUCCGAUAGCUUACUGGACUCCGAGUUACCCGUACUGGAAAAAAAAUUAAAGGUGGCAAGUGAGAUUGUUCCUCAAGCAUCAACAUUUUCUUACGUGGACCUUGAGGAUAUUUUGAUAGCCAUUGACGAGGACGAUGACGUGGGGGAAUCAUCGGCAACACCCACAUUAUCUGCAAGUAACAGUAAAUUACUAUUCGAAAUUAAAGAGAGCGAUGCCGAGGAUUUAGAAAAUUUAGAGGUGUUUGACAUAUUAACGAAAUUAGAUGAACUGUUAAAUGACACUUUGGAAAAAUCUGGCAUUGGUUGUGACGAAUCAUUUGAUGGGUUGAACGAAUUGGAGCUAGAAAGUAAAAGCAUAGAAGACUGUUUAGAAGAUCUCGAUAAUUACUUAAAAGAAAUAGAUGCGAGUAGUUCAGGGAGUCAAGAUACUUCAACCGAAUCGGAUACCCCCGGAAGCUUCGAAGAGAGUCAGACAAGUACGGUACUGAGCUCGUCAUCGCCUCUAACCGAUGAAGCUGCUGAAUUAUCGCCCGAAUGCGGUCAUGUUAAUUUAGCUUACGAAGAUACGGAGGAUUUAUUACCACUAUUCAGGAGUAAUCCAUUAAGGGCUACUAUUGCAGGCAUAAAUAGGCCGGCGUUACAACGAAAUACAGUAAGGCGCCGGUCACUCGAAUCGCCUAGUUAUUGCGCAUCUGUUCAUAUUUCCGGAACAGCAGGUGAUUUACCAACGGAGGUGCAUUCAAAUAAUGUGCACGAGUGCCGAUCAUAUCCACCUGGAGAUUGCUCUACCGGAACUGUUGUGGUCGAGUUUACUCGUAACUCUGACAAUCAUGAAAGCUCAUGGUUGCGUACAUCUAUGCGCCGCAUUCGUCACCUGAGACUUCCUAGUAACGAAACACAUGGUGCAACUGAGACCACUGUUUCGGAAGUUAGUGAAAUGGUACCUGCACGUGUUGAGGUUUCUCAAUCUCACACUUCCGCAACAGAAGCUACGACGACUGUGCGCCCGUUUAGUGCUCCUUCCAGGCUGACAAAUGCUGCAACACAGUCCUCGGUACGAACGACACGAGACUCUCGAAGAAAUACAGUAAGAGCAGCUGGAGCUCGCAAUCUUGGCACGUCACGUUCGAGAAGACAGAGAAGUUUAUCUUCCAGUGAAUCUAGCUUAACUUCUAGUGUAUAUACCACCCCCAGCUGCACGCCUGCACCAACACCUACAAGAAGCAACCAGGAAGUUACAGUAACGGCCAAUGUCAGACGGUAAGACAAAUUUUACUUUUUUAGAUACGAUUGACG